AAGCGCCCUCGUUUCCAAUGUAGCGUUGCGUGCUGGCUCAGAGGAGGAAGAGGUAUUCAGACCCCUACCUCUCCCUCGUUUUCUACAGAUGCUGGCCGCUGGAGUGGAGUACACGGUACUGCUCAGGAGCGACGGCACCGCCGCGGCUUGCGGCUCCAAUGGUUAUGGUGAAUGCGACCUCCCGGCGCUGCCCGCGGGCCUGAUCUACACGCAGGUCGCCGCUGGAGGGCGCCACACGGUGCUGCUCAGGAGCGACGGCACCGCCGCGGCCUGCGGCUGUAAUGAUUCUCGUCAGUGCGGUCUCCCGGCGCUGCCCGCGGGCCUGACCUACACGCAGGUCGCCGCUGGAGGGCACCACACGGUAUUGCUCAGGAGCGACGGCACCGCCGCGGCCUGCGGCCACAAUGGUUUUGGUCAGUGCGACCUCCCCGCGCUGCCCGCGGGCCUGACCUACACGCAGGUCGCCGCUAGAGGGCGCCACACGGUACUGCUCAGGAGCGACGGCACCGCCGCGGCCUGCGGCUUGAAUGAUUUUGGUCAGUGCGACCUCCCGGCGCUGCCCGCGGGCCUGACCUACACGCAGGUCGCUGCUGGAGGGAGCCACACGGUGCUGCUCAGGAGCGACGGCACCGCCGCGGCCUGCGGCUUCAAUGAUUUUGGUCAGUGCGACCUCCCGGCGCUGCCCGCGGGCCUGACCUACACGCAGGUCGCCGCUGGAGGGAUCCACACGGUACUGCUCAGGAGCGACGGCGCCGCCCGACGGUACCGCCUCGGCCUGCGGCUUGAAUGAUUUUGGCGAGUGUGACCUCCCGGUGCUGCCCGCUGGCCUGACCUACACAGCUCAUUUACUUCCAGCGUUGCUCCUGCAGGCGUCGCUCGAUGGCGGCUCAGUGGUUUUCGUGACCUUCGGCGGGGUGGAGCGAUGCAGGAUCAGGGCGGCGCCCACCGCCCGCCUCGCAGACAUCUACCUCCAGCUCGUCGCCGAGCACCGCGCGGGCAGGCUGGGCCCUGGAGCCUGGCGCGUCGAGGCCAUCCUGCCGGGGGGCCGCCCGCUCAGCAGCGCCGCGGCCGAGGAGACGGUCGUCGGCGCAUUUCCCGCCGCAGCCGAGCCGCCGGCGCAGCGAAGGAGGGCGGCGUUCGGAUAAACGGGGCGCGGGCCGUUUGCCAGGGCGGGCGCGCGACACCGCCUCCGGCAGCAGGAAAACGGCGCCGCAUGCGUGCUUCCUGGACGCCGUGCGCUCUUUCGGG